AUGCAACUCCUUGAAAAAGAAAGUGAUGAUAGAAAGCAAGAGAACAUUAAGAAAGAUGCAAUUAUUCUGACUCUUCGAGAAGCUAUCAUGGGCACUCAAAACACAGACAGAACGCCGACAGCGGAUUUUCAGCGCCAUGAACUAGGGUUAUUCGACGAAACGCAGCAACUUCGACAAGAAAGCAGUCACUUACACAAUGAAAUUCAAAUUAAAGAAAUUCAACUUCAAGAAAAAACCAUGAACAAGAACGAAAUUCAGCAACUUCGAGAAGAAAACACCAACAAGGACAACGAAAUUCUGGAACUUCGACAGGACAACAAUAAGAGAAACAACGAAAUUCUGCAACUUCAACAGCUAAACACCAAAAACGAUAACGAAAUCCUGGAACUUCAACAGGAAAAUAUAAACAAAGAGAACGAACUUCAGCAACACCGACAGGAAAAUAUCAACAAGGAAAACGAACUUCAGCAACGUCGACAAGAAAACGUCAACAAGGACAACGAAAUUCAACAACUUCGACAGGACAACAACAAGAAAAACAGCGAAAUUCUGCAACUUCAACAGCUAAACACCAAAAACGAUAAUGAAAUUCUGGAACUUCGACAGGAAAAUAUCAACAAGAACAACGAAGUUCAGCAACUUCGACAAGAUAAUAUCAACAUAAAUAGCGAAAUACAGGAAGUUCGAGAAGAAAAUAACAAUUUGCAGAGCGAAAUUCAGAGACUUCGGGAAGAGAACAAUGGUCUGAAAACUAACUGCAUUACAGAACGUGGAUCAGUAGUAGUUUCAAAAAAUGAUAUACUAGGAAGAGGUGCUUAUGGUUGCGUUUAUGCCGGAGACUAUAAUGGAACUAACGUAGCAGUAAAAGAAUAUUACGAAAUAAUUUUAUCUUCACAUAACCUGCAAAUGCUCCAACGUGAAAUUAAUAUCGCAUCGCAAUGUAGUCAUCCUAAUCUACUACAGUUUAUAUGUGCAAUAGAAAAUGAUCAAAGUCAUCUUUUAAUUGUAACAGAACUGAUGGAUAUGAAUUUGCGUUUAUUACUCGAGCAACGAGAAUCACGGUUGGAGUAUCAGGAGGUUAAAUUAAUUUCCUUAGACGUGGCACGUGGCCUCAACUACCUUCAUUUAAAGACGCCAAACACGAUUAUCCAUCGUGAUGUUAGCAGUGCCAACGUAUUGUUAUGGGUUGAAAAUGGUGCCGUGCGAAGAGCAAAAGUAUCAGAUUAUGGUUCAGCCAAUUUUAUGCAAGUGUGCAAUACAGCAAAUCCUGGAGCUGCGAUAUGCGCUGCACCUGAAGCCAAUCAGGCUCAACAGGAUCCAAAGGUUAGAAAAUAAUAGUACAAUGUUUACUUCAAAAAGAAUAUCCAUUGUUAUGAAAUUAUCUUGUUUAACGUACACUCUAAUGUGGAUGUAUAAAGCCCUAUUAAACGGGUUUUUAAUCAUACUAUUUUGAGCUUUGCUCGCAUCAGCAUUUUUUAAACCAAUCAUAUUGAAGUGGUCACCUUAGCUAUCCAAUCAAAGGAAAGUGUAUAGAAUUCAUUUAAUCAGUCAAUGUUAAGAAAAAUAUGAACCAGCAAAUUUGGCAAAAUAAACAAAUCAGAGUAGGCCCUAUUGCCUAAUUUUUUGCAUAUAAAAACAAAUAUGGGCAUAUUAGGAACAAAAUUUUUGUGAAAGAUGGCGAAAAUACCAACGAAAGGCAACUUAAUAAAGCGACAGGCAAAAAAAACUAAACAAGGUAAUUUGUAUAAUUUGUUGAUGUUUGAAUGAACAAAGCGCAUCAAAACCCUAUCAAAUUGCUGAUAAAACCUAUAGUAUGUUUAAACUUACAUUGGUUGUUUUUAGUCUUCACAGUAUCCAUAAAUUUCUUAAUUUUUUUGGUACCACGUUUCGAGAUUUAAAGAAAGUUCAACUUGUUCGCUUGAGGGUGUCUUUUGUAAGAAGAAAGAACUGUUUCUGUUUUACAAAAUUGUUUAAAAUUAAGAUUUCAAAACGAAUUUUAUAAAGUGGAAAUUGCACUUUGUGUCGUGCAAUUUAGUUUUGGUCUGAAAUCAAACUUGUAAUCACAAAUCGCACUCCCGCUUUGCGGUCGUGCGAUUUUGUAAUCACGCGUUUGAUUUCAGACCAAAUUGAACUCCACUCAGUUCAAUUACCAUUACUAUUAGUUGCACUCUCCAGGAGUGCAAUUAAUGAUUUGAAAAAAAACCCAACAAAAUGGCAGCUCGCUGUGUGAAUACAAACGAAUCUACAAUUCACUUUAAAACAAAAUCAGUAAAUGCACGAGAAUACACAAAAAAGCACUGCCUUAUAAAACUCUCUUGCUGAACUUUCAAUAUUUUUAACUUGAACAAUUGUUAGGUGACGAAUCAAGAAAAGAAGAAUUUGCGAUGCGGCUUAUAUCCCUGCUUCGCUUGGACAUUUCUAAUAAACUAUUUGAACUUCACAUUAAUCCUAAACCAACUAUUGUUAAGGAAGAUCUAGACGUUUAUAGUUAUUUUAGACGUUUUAGUAAACCAGAUCUUGUUUAUUUCAAGGCUUGUGCAAUUUUGGUACAUUUUCAAAAAUUCACUCUUAAUGGUAAAUCAUUAAUAGCACUCCUUCCCAUGUGAUUAUACCUAUACUAAUUUCAGGAUGUAUAUUGUCGGUAAAUGGUUGGCCACAAUUUUGGUGAUCUGUGCAGUAUAAUUUAUAGACAGUCACCUUACACAAUCCAGAGUUACUUUAUACACUCUAUCGAGUUCAGAGGUGAUGUAAAGUCGCAACGUGGUUCGCGGAUCUCUUAUACACAAUUGUCUCCACAUUGUUGGCCUAUAACGUCAAACUUAUUGCUACUUUAGAUCAUCGCUGAUAGGGACAGUAGACAAAUUUUUUGAAGCGUUGCAUGGGUCGCGAAGGUAAAUCCUUUGUGGAUUGCAUUUAUUCGCAUGCAUAAACCACAAUAGUGACCGAAAGUGAUUGGGAAGUUUGUUGAAUUGCGAAAAGUUUAAUGACAUUAUAUACAUUUACGAAACAAGUAUUCCUCCAAAGAUCGAUAACAUUUAUAUUUAUCAACGUUUCGACUAUGUUUUAGUCAUCAUCAGGAUAAAGUAGGUUAUACAUCAAAAGCAGUAUUUAUAUGAAGAUAUUUAAAUGAUACAUUAGGUUGAUUAUUAAUGAAUUAAUUAAAUAUGAUAUUUAGCAGCCUUAAUUCCAUUUUUAAGUUCAGGUUUAUAUCUUUGAAUAGCGAGGGAUCCUUGAUAAAGCAAAAGGGACCAAUAGUUAGAUUUAUCAAUUACUUUAGUACUGUGGAAAACAUGUUCAGCCAUUAUACUGGUUUUUAUUAGACAUUGCGUCAUCGUCGGAAUAUAGUUCUAAAAAGGAUUUAGCCUAAUAUGUUGAAACUGUUCGAAAGUAGAGAGGUCUUGAUGGAUUACUGAUUCUGUGUGGUAUGAAUGUCCCUUGGUUCUGGUGUUUAAGCAACGGUCAGUUUUGCUGAUGUACCUACUAUUACAUCCAAGGCAAGUAAAUUCGUAGACAACAGAGCUUUGAUAUAUGUUUUCGGGGUUUUAUCCUUGCAUGAUACUAAUACGUUGCUGUUUUUAAUCGUUUUCCAGUUAAUAAUGAAUCGGCAUUUUAAUGUGAGAAGAGGGGUUAUUUUGUGUAUCAACGAGUUAGUCUUUAACAAAAUUUGCCAAUAUAUGGUAGCUGUAACCAAAUUUUAGCAGCUUUGUUUGUUUCAGUCAUUGUGGCCUCGCUGUCUUUUUCAUUAGAUACCAGUGCCCGGUGAUGAUGGUUUAAAUGGUUAAUUAAUAAGUUUGACGUUUAUUUUCGAGGGAAACCAUUCCAAGACAUUAAAUUUUGGAUUUAUUUUAACUCAUCAAUAAUCAACCUAAUGUAUCAUAUUUAACAACAUUUUCCGUGUUGAUAGGCAGUUAUAUAGGCUAUCAACACGAGUGGAAAUUUGGAAAACGAGAAAUUGUGUGGAAACACACAAUUUCCCACAAUUUCGAGUUUUGCCAAUUUCCACGAGUGUUGAUGUAACUGUAUAUCAAUACGGAAAAGAUGUUUUCUAUUUGUUUUAUAAUAUAGCACAAAGAAACAUGAAGAAAGAAAUUUCCCGACGUUUCCGUGUUGACAUUAGUGACCUUACGAUUUCAGGACGGCAACGCGACGGCGACGGCCAAAACAAACUCCUUCAAAUAAAUAGUAGUCAAGAUAGUUUGUGGUAUAUUAUCAAUCGUAUGAAUUUAAUACUGUUUUAGAAGUUGAAGACAAGGGUUUUAUGGUUGGGAAGAGUUCUGCUAAACCCUGUUUGGAGUUGCACUUGUUGCGGCUUGGAAUGCAGCCGUUGUACCAAGACGUGAAAAUCUGUGAUUUGGCGUUGUAAACAGAGCGAGAACAAUGUCUAAAAUAUUCAUAUAUUGUAAUUACUCAAUUCUUUUCAAUGAUCUAUUGUAUUGGUAGCCGUUGCCGUCCUAAAAUCGUAACGUCUGUAUUGAGUUAUAUCAACACGGCUCUUAGGCAAUCAGCGUUCAGAAUUUACAAAUACUAUAUAAUAAAUUUCAUUUUUAGAAUCAUUGAGUAUUUUAACAAAAUACAAAACAAGUGAAACUCCAAAAAUCGCUAACAUUUUUAUUUAUCUACGUUUCGAUUAUAUUUCAGUCAUCAUGGAUGAUGAUUGAAAUAUAGUCGAAACGUAGAUAAAUAAAAAUGUUAUUGAUUUUUGGAAAUGAUGACUGAAAUAUAGUCGAAACGUAGAUAAAUAAAAAUGUUAUCGAUUUUUGGAGUUUCACUUGUUUUGUAUAAAUCUUCAUAUAAAUACUGCUUUUGAUGUAUAACCUAGCUAGUUUAUCCUGAUGAUUAAUGAAACAUAGUUGAAACGUAGAUAAAUAUGAAAAUGUUAUCGAUCUUUGGAGUUGCAGGUACACUUUUUGUUAAAAUACUCAUGCAGUGGUUCUAAAAAUUACAUGUAUAUAUAUAUAUAUAUAUAUAUAUAUAUAUAUAUAUAUAUAUAUAUAUAUAUAUAUAUAUAUAUAUAUAUAUAUAUAUAUAUAUAUAUAUAUAUAUAUAUAUAUAUAUAUAUAUAUAUAUAUAUAUAUAUAUAUAUAUAUAUAUAUAUAUAUACCAAAUAUGUAUUUAGAAUCAAUAUUAUUAUUAUUAUUAUUUAUUUAUUUAUAUUAUUAUUAUUAUUAUUAUUAUUAUUUAUUUAUUUAUUUUUUGUGAAUAAAUCUUAUGAAGUAAACCAGGUUUAUUUUAUCUUUAUCUAUACUGUAUAUAUAUAUAUAUAUAUAUUUAUUUAUAUAUAUAUAUAUAUAUAUAUAUAUAUAUAUAUCUUUUACUUGAUGUUUUAUCUUGUUUACAUUUACACAGAUCGAUGUAUUUAGCUAUGGUGUACUGGUAUGUGAGAUGUCUAUUUGUGAGCUACCUGUUCCUGCACAGAGAAAGAUUCAAAUAAAAGGAAUUCCGAAUGGUGGAGUAAAAAAAAUGGUGCAAAAUUGUACACAUAUAGACGCAGGGAAAAGGCCAACAAUGCAAGAAGUAAUUGGAUACUGUAAAAAGAUGAAAUAAGGCUUAUAGCUAUCUUGGUGCUGGUAUUAGGGGCUUCGGUGGCCAAGUGGUUAGCCCACUUGCCUUUCACCUCUGAGGCUGCAGGUUCGAGUCUCACUAAGUACCUUCUCAAUGCGACUCGAACCCAGUCCCCAUGUGAAAAGAGUAAAAAAGUCAACGCUCUGCCGAAAGCCGUGGGUUUUCCCCGGGUACUCCGGUUUCCUCCCACUGGGAAAGUUGACAAGGGUGGGUUAGGUAAAAAGGGCCCACAGUAAUUGGCAUAUGCUGUUGUGGUGACCCUGCCCUAGUUGGCAAAGCUAAAUAAAUUAAAAAAAAAAAAAAAAAAAUACCCACUUCGGCCUUGUUUGCCAAUAACAUUUAAUUUUCUUCAUUAUAGUUGGGUAGCGUAAUAUAAUCCUGGCCAAAAGCUUCCGCAGCACUAUAAAUAGACGACCAGCCAACCUCGAGAAAAGUGAAUGUCGAUGGCAUUUCUUUGUUACAAGCCUUUAAUUAACCACACGAAAUAUCACCGCAAUGCCUUCACUCUGGAGGGGAAAAUUGUUGCCUUCAAUAUUUGUUUCAUUUAAAAAAUUGAAAAACUUUAUAACGACAUUUCGAUGAAUGGGAUUCCUAUAAAAUGCAGUAUUCGAUAUUACAAUUUUACUAGAAAUACAUGCAUGCAGCAACCCCUCGCCCAUAUUUUCCAACAUUGAUUUAACAUGAAGUAUUAGUAAUUGGUCAACACUGAACGCAGGCUCGCGUUUACGUCAGUGUUGCCAUGACAACACGAUAAUUUUACAACACGGCAAAAAUAGUCGAAAAAUUGUUCUUUUAACUAUAUAACAAUGAAUUUCCGAAGUAUGUACUGUAGGUAUAUGUUGUUCUGGAUUUUGUGAGCUUUGAUUUAAUGUAAAAUUUAACCUGAAUCGCUUCGUAAAAUGUUUUGAAAUGUUCAUUUUAAAUAAACUGCUUCUGCCGAUAAACUGUUUUCAUUUCAAAUUGUUGAGUAAUUUCAGUUAGGUUUUCAAAUUAGUUUGCGCUCCUUUACAUUUACCUUUUUUUCUUAAAUUAAACAGGGUAAUUUAGGAAACUUACAGCUUCAUUGAAAAGGAAAAGAGCAGUGCAUGUUUUACGCAAUAAAUUAUUAAAGCAACAAAAUUCAUCAACAUUAAACAUUCAAAGCAAACUUGCCCUAUAUUUCACGAUAUUCCAUGGUAAAUCAAUUCUUCUCAUUUUCUCAAACAAAAAUUGCUUCAAAGCUCAUUAUAUAAAACGCGCUUUUGCAAAUAUGCUUUUGAAAAUUGAAAUCAUGCUUUAAUAUCCUCAGUAUGGUUAUCCCACUCCUGACAAACAGCCAUAUUUUUGAGAUCAGUGAGGAGGUCCACCCUUGGAUCAUAGCCAUGCGCCCACGAUAUGUAUUGAACUUUAGACUUCGCUAGUGCGUUCCUUUCCCCGGGUGUAAAUAGCAGGGCGGAAUUAGAACCCUCGCCCCGGGUUAACGCCCGGAGCGGCGCUCCGCGCCGUUGGCUCGGGGAUUAUGAUUUGCCGCCUAUUUAAAAAGCAUGUCCAAAAUUCUGGUUAUGCUAAUUCCCAUAACUCCAAAUGAUAUGUUGAUGAGAAACAUGUUUUAUUAGUGUACAUCUAAAGCCUGCCGCAAAUGAGAGCAACUUGCUGAGCUAACCGCCUCGCGUGGCAGCUAGCUCAGCAAGUUCUCUCGUAUGCGGAUAGUUUUCGUGAGGAUUUGACUACUCGAGGCCUUGAGGAAAAUAUCUAUCGUGUUUUAUAGUUUUCACCUCGCGAGGAAUAAAUCUCAGCGUCUGCGGAUGUUGUGAGCUUAGUGCUGAGCUGCUUGAAUCAAUUACCCAAUGAAAAAUAGUUUCCGGCUUCAUGUGACUUGGAACAAAAUGGAGGAAAAUGCAAAUGAUUUUGUCAAUUAUGUUGUUGUUGAGUAGUUUUUCCAACGUGUGCGGUGAAAAUACAUAGCUGAGCUAGCUGCCACGCGAGGCGGUUAGCUCAGCAAGUACGUUGCUCUCGCGUGUGCGGCAGGCUUAAAAGACCAUGUAAAGUCCGUUCCGCGCGACGUUCUCCGCAGGCCUACAUUCCAAUGGUCGGUAAUUGUAUAUUUUGUGCAGUAAUUGUAUAUUUUACAAUUACUGCACUUAUAGAACUGAGUUCAUAAUGCAAACAAAGAGUUUGUUUACAUUACGGACUUUACAUGGUCAUGGCCUUUAAAAUACGUAUAUGAAGGUACUUCCAAAGUGUAGAGAUAGAUUAAUGAGACCCAAAGUUUUAAAUUCGUUAGUUAUAAUGGUUUAUUUAAAAGAUCUAUGUCUUAAUUGUAAUAAAACUUCGCUUUUACGCCACCAUACUAUUUUUCAUCCAUAUACAGCCCAAACCUCACGCUCAACUUGUUUAACGGCAAUAAAUCGUGAUACGCGAAUGACAACCGAGCUUGUAAUAUUGAUUCAUGUGCUUUCUACACAUACGUUGUUGUUGCCAGCUUGUAACACAAACUAAACAGCUUGUUUUGGCUUCUUUUACAAUGUCGUAUUGUAAUGUAUUAUAGGACCAUGGUAAUUAUUAGCGUAUCAUUUCGAAAUAUGAGAAUGAAAAUUGCCUAGUGAACUUUACACAUGUUAUUUAGAUGAUCAGCCAAUUAGAAAAAAACACUGUUACGAAAUAGAGCAGUACUUGAGAUAUAGAAUCUCAUCCAUCGAAAUGUUCUAAGAAAUACUUUCGAUUUUGAGGACAUAAAUAAAAAAUUACGUUUGACAACCACUCUCGCCUUCAAAAUAAGAACUAUCCGAUGAUAUUUCACAUUAUAGUUUUAUGCUUGCAUUUUAUUACUGUGCAACAUUAUAACCCGACUCCACUGUCCACUGUGAAAUCUAGUUCAACUUUCAUACGAUCGCAAAGCUAACGACGUAUAUUAAGUACAUAAUUUAAAAAUUAAAUAGACUUACAUAAAGUUAGAGAAGCAUUAUAUACAAGUUAUCAGCAGAUCUUUUACUUGUGGAGGAUUUUUUCCCCUGAAAACAGGAAAAAGUCCACGUCACAAUAAGAAAGCUGCGGGGAAACGAUGUUUAUAAAGGAUAUUUUAAAAUUGUUGUAUUUUUUUGUAAAAAUAUAAAGUUCAUUUAGCAACUUAUAAACGUCAAGUGCUGUAUUUAAUAUUCCAAAUUUAUGACCAAUCAUGUGUUGGAAGGAAUUUUUUUCAAGAAUUUCAAAAAUAGUGGGAGGAAUUAUUACUACAAGGUUGUGGAAGCACUGGUUGCCACUUACCAUGGUGUCAGAUUGCAUUAAAAUACGCUAUAACUUAAUUCCGUCCUCUAUACUAUUUAUUAGUCUCUGCUGUUCAUGUGAAGCUUCUACAUUGUCGGUAAGUUGCAUUUAAUAUUUAAAAUAACAGGCUGAGCAACAAAAUUAGAAAAAAAUAUAUCAUAUUUGUUUGCAAAUGGAACAAAAUUGCUCAGUAAUAUUGCCUUUGGAUGCGCGCAAAAGAUGUCUUCAUUUGGAUAGGCUCUCAAACAUUUCGUCUCCAAGAUUAGACUAAGUUUUGUUGUCGUUUUGAUCCAACCAAAAUACAAUAAAAGCUAGAGCAUUAUCUAGGAAUAGAGGAAGUGCAUAGAGGAAGCUAAACGUGGGGAUUUCGCAGUGCAAAGUGAACAUUUACAGCGUAAUGCAUGUCUACACAGAAUUUGCGACAGCUGACCUCCUCUCACCUCUAAUGUGUUUUACAUUUAACGCUGAUUUCUGGUUGCUCUUUAAUUUAAAUUGCUGCAGAAAAAAUUAUUUAAAUACAAGUAAUUACCCAAAUCCCAUGUGUAUAUAGUUCGCAUUGAACUUUGAGAGAAAUUCUAUACAUAUAUUAUAUUGCAAGCCUCAAAGGCGUAGUGUUCUGGGAAACUGUGUUCCGGGAAAUGCAAUGUGCCUCAUAAACAUUGAACUAUGCCGAAUAUUUUGCAAGAUAAUUGAAACCAUAUGUAUGUUAAUAUUGUAUUUUACUUCUCAAUAAUAAUAUCGUUCUCUUCCCUGUGUCAAGCACUUGAAUUCGCUAGCAAAUUAUCAUUGUAUGCAAUAUUUGCACACUUCAUAAUAAAAUAUUUCACGUGGACGGCCUAAUUUUUGUUGGUAUCACCACCAACGGAGUUAACAAUGCUGAAGUACGGACGAUUGACAGGAGGGACACUUAGCUAAUGACGCUUUAAAGUGCCAUUUACAUAGAUAUAGUGCAGGAAACGUCCACAUUAUAUAACUUUAUAUAUUUGUAUACAACUACCUAUUUAUAAAUAUAUAAAUAUACAAAUAUAUUUGUAUAUUUGGUAUUCAAGUACAGAUUAAUUGCACAGAUGCAUGCAAUAUGGCUGUCAACGUUUUAAGGUAGACUUACUAGUUGAGAAACAAAAGGAAUCUGACUUAUGUACAACAAUAUCUAAAAAGUUUCAUUGAAAUUUCUAAACAAGGUUUAAUACACAACUACACAGUUGGCAACAUUAGGGAGCUUGAUUAAUCAAGCAAACGACGUUUUUGUCAACACGGACAUCGCACGAAAAUUGCUGUAAUUCAAUCUUGGCGGCAUUUUGUAUCAUACUAGCGCUCGUGUAGAAAGCAAAAACCUUUAAAAAUAUUAUGUUUUGUCAUAUGUGUUGAAGAUUACCACAAACUGACACAAAUACAGUAUCCAAUGCAGUCCUCGCCAAUAUGACGUCUGUGUUCACAAAAACAUCGACGUUUCAAUACGGCGUACGUGCAUGUAUCUUGAUUUCAAAGUAAUUUAAUAUAAAGUGGCAAAGAUACCUUUUGCUGUAUAUGUAAUUGUAAACCAUUGUAAUAUCACAUUAGGGCCAUUUAUACGGGACAAAAUAAGUCGCGUCUUACAUAAGACGCGUCUUAUAUAAGCUGAGUUAUCGCAUAAAUGGCCAGAGUGCAUUCCAUGCAUGUUUUGUGGAAGAUCUUCGGCGUGAGUUUUGAAUUGUUGGCGCACAAUCACGUCGAGGUUGGCGCACAAUUUUUGAGUUUUGGUGGUUGGCGCAGCAUCAAAUGUUUAAGCGAGACUUUGAGUAUUAAUAAUCGCCUGGUGAUUGGAUUGGCCUCUAUAAUUCUUUAGGGACUCGAGAAAUUUGUGUUCCUGGUCAGUGUAAUGGCUAUUAAAUGGUGGUUAUAAUUAACUUGUGAUACAACAGUAACAACACUCAUAAUUGCUCAUCAGCAAAACAUCUUAUUCAUCAAUUACACGCCUUUUUAGCAAGUUUUAAUUUUGAAAAACUAACUAUUAAUGAAAAAUCACGGUGCCCACGAUCAGCCGGCGCACAAGUUGACCUCACUUGGCGCACGGCAACACUACCUCAGAUUAUCUUCGGUGUGAAGUUUACACGGAAUGCACCCUGGAUAAAUUGUUCUUUACGAAUUUAUUCUUAUUUACUUGCUAUAUAUAGCUGUAAUGUUGUUUCGGUUGUUUUUGUUCGAAUAAGCAAGGCUAAUAAUUUUACGUUGUUUCAAGUUUCGGGCAUGUGUAGUUAGAAUUUUUGUCUAAAAUUUCUUAUUUAAGACGCGACUUAAAUAAGAACAGCUAAAAGUCCUGUUCUUAUGUAAGACGCGUCUUACAUAAGAAUUUUGUACCUUUUAUACGACAAACUCGCGUCUUAUUUAAGUCGCGUCUUAUGUAAGUCGCGUCUUAUUUUGUCUCGUAUAAAUGGCCCUAUUGUAACUUACCAGUUGUGGGCUGCAGACUGGCAACCGAAAGCUCGUUAAAUUCUAUUAAUAAUAUUUUAAACCAGAGAACGUCCAAAAACUUAUCAAUUGAAACCCGGUUUCGCCUCAAACGUGUAUAAAAGUUUAAUUUUUUGGUUAUAAUUUUAUAUAUGGAUGGGCCCAGAAAUUGUGGGGCUAAUUGCCAUUGCAUGGCCAAUAAGAAAUUAAUUGACUUUUGGCUCAAUGCAAAUUUGCAUGAGAAUCGAAUGAGAAAUUAACAACAGUUUGUGUUGUUCCCCGGCAAAGAAAACUAAAUGCGUAUAUUAAAAAUAUAUCGCCACAUUUCCCUAUUUUCUUGCAUUUUUUACUAUUAUCUUACAUAUACCUUGUUUUUCGGUUUAUUUUCCAAAAAGGUUUCCAACUUAAGUUCAACAUUUGCCCGAUUUACGUUCAAAAUUUGCCCAACUUAUCGACAUUUCAAGUCCCCCCCCCCGCCUCGUACGCCUAUGGUCUUCAAACGAUUAACACGGGUAGAUAUUUUCCCAUUGUUCUCUAGCCGUUGAAACUGUACUGUAUUGAAUCAUUUGAUAUGAUGAAACAGUACAUAUAUAGUGAAGUUUAAUACAAGUAUGACUUUGAACAUUAAGUUUGUUUUAAAUAUAACAUGGAGGAAUGUCAUCAACUAGUAUACAAAGUACAUCAAACCAACAUCGAUUCCAAAUGAACAUGAUUAGUAUUAAUAUUAAUUUGAAACUAAUAUACAUCAUCGGCAUCACGAUGUUACCAAAAUAGGCAAUAUAUAAUUAGUCCACUCCCUCAUGGAUUGAUGAUAUGAAAUUAACUUAUUUCUGUAAUUAACAACUCGCUAAAAAUAUUUUGCCUGAAAAUAUUUACACUAGGAUGUUGGUAAGACUUUACCGUGCGUUUGCUGUAUAGGCUACAUUAUUUUUUCUUGUUCUAGCAGAGCAAACAACAUAUGUCCUGCGUCUGUGCUGAGGCUCUCUCUUGA